CAGCGGGUUAAUCUCUGUUCUGAUGAUUCAAAAUGGCAGACGAAUUGAGGUUCGAUGGUCGUGUAGUUCUUGUAACAGGGGCAGGAGGAGGGCUCGGGAAGGAGUAUGCACUCGCCUUCGCCUCCAGAGGCGCCUCUGUCGUUGUCAAUGAUCUUGGUGGAGACGCAAAGGGAGGAGGUAAAAGUAGUAUAGCGGCCGACAAGGUUGUUGAAGAGAUUCGCUCUCGAGGAGGAAAAGCGGUAGCUGAUUACAAUUCCGUGGAAGACGGCGAGAAAGUAAUACAAACGGCAUUAGAUGCAUUUGGUCGGAUUGAUGUCCUCAUCAACAACGCUGGGAUUCUGAGAGAUCGAUCGUUCGCGCGCAUAAGUGAUGUCGACUGGGAUCUAAUCCACCGUGUUCACCUCCGAGGGUCGUUCAAAGUGACCCGGGCAGCCUGGCCUCACAUGCGAAAACAGAAGUAUGGGAAGAUCAUUAUGACUUCCUCGACCGCCGGUGUGUUGGGGAAUUUUGGUCAAGCGAACUACAGUGCAGCUAAAAUGGGUCUUAUUGGUCUAACUAACACAUUGGCCAUUGAAGGAGAGAAGUACAAUGUGAUCUGCAAUACUAUUGUUCCAAUUGCUGCAUCAAGGCUGACCAAGGGAGUAAUGCCCCCUGAUGUCUUUGAUGCCCUUAAACCAGAGUAUGUUGCUCCUUUUGUUGUAUAUCUAUGCCAUGAGAGCUGUCCAGAGAGUGGUGGUGUCUUUGAGAUGGCUUCUGGUUGGGGGGCACAGUUAAGGUGGCAGGAGAGUUCAGGGGCAAUGCUAAGAAAAAGUGGUGUUACUGUGACACCAGAGAUGGUGAGAGACAACUGGGGUAAGAUCACUGACUGGUCUGGUCCUAUAAAGCCAAAGUUAAGGGGUGACGCCAUGACUGAUCUGAUCCCUAUAAUUCAAGAAGCUAACACAACAGUACCCAAAAGUGGGACAACUUCAAGCAAAACAUCAGAAAUUCCAGAGUCACAGUUCACUUUUGAAGCCAAGGAUGUGAUCCUGUAUGCACUUGGGGUUGGGGUCACUGUGCAGGAAGACUCAUCUCACCUUAAGUUUCUAUAUGAGGGAAGUGAUAGCUUCAGCACCUUACCUACUUUUGGAGUAAUUCCAGCUCAGUCAGCAAUGAAUACUGUUGUUGUGAGAGCAGUGGAGCAAGCUGGACUUCCAUUUAAUCCAGCAAAGCUCCUCCACGGAGAACAGUAUCUGGAGCUUUAUAAACCCUUGCCUACUUCAGGAACCUUGACAAGCAAAGGAGAGGUUGCUGACAUCCUUGACAAAGGAAAAGGAGCCAUAGUGCUAGUGAACAUCACUAGUUAUGACAGUAGUGGGGAAGCGGUUUGUUUCAAUCAAUUCUCGAUCUAUAUUGGUAGUGCUGGGGGAUUUGGAGGAAAGAAGCGAUCAGAGCAUUCUAAACCUCUUGUUACUAUGCCAACCCGUCCACCCGAUGCUAGCAUCAAGGAGAAGACUGACCUUUCUGCAGCAGCAAUUUAUCGGUUGAGUGGUGAUCUUAAUCCAAUUCACGUUGAUCCAGAUUUUGCCCAGUUAGGAGGUUUUUCACGCCCAAUCCUUCAUGGUCUUAGUACAUAUGGUCAUGCUGCUCGUCAUGUACUCAAGCAGUAUGCAAACAAAGAUGUUAGUAAAUUCAAGGCCAUCAAAGCAAGGUUUUCUAAACCUGUUUACCCUGGUCAGACACUGAAGACUGAUAUGUGGCAAGAUGGCAACAGGAUUUCAUUUCAAUGCAAAGUGGUUGAAAAUGGCAAUGUUGUACUGUCAGGAGCAUACAUUGACCUGAAGGAUGUUGAUGUUGCUGUAAAGAAAGUGCCGUCUUUACAGGACAGGAAUACAUUGGUAUCACACCCAAACAAAUCAGGCCUUAAGAGUGAGUCCCUGUUUAACGAGAUCAGCAAACGAGUCUCAGACCACCCAGAACUUGUCAAGAAGGUCAAAGGUGUCUUUGAAUGGAACGUGACAAAGGGGGGAAAGACUGCUGGUCAGUGGACUGUGGACCUCAAGAGUGGAUCUGGGUCUGUGACGGUGGGUCCAUACCGGCAAGGCAAGCCAGACUGUAGUAUAACUGUGGAAGAUGAUGACCUGGCCUCCAUAGCAACAGGAAAGUCAAACCCUCAACAGUUGUUUAUGAAGGGGAAGUUGAAAGUGAAAGGAAACAUCAUGCUCACUGCAAAAUUGGCCCAGUUGUUCAAGGAUAAUGCCAAGAUGUAAUUGCUAACACAAAGUAAUGAGGACAUGCAUGUAUGACUGAUAUUGCAAAAUGAUGUGUUGUGGUUAUUCAUUUUGUUGAAUUGAUUAUAUUUCAUUAUAUAAAAGGGAGUUAUGUAGGUCCCCUUCGUCAUCUGUAAUGAGAUAUGGAAGAAUUAAUCAAAGAAGCUUCAGAAAUUCAUAACGGUGGCCAAUUUAUUUUAUCACUAUUAUUCAGUUAAUAAAACCAAGUUAUCUUCAA